CCUUAACGUUUGCACACGUUUGAUUCGUUUGGAGACGGCGACAUCCAUCAUGGCGCCAGCAUCAUGACUUUCGACGUUACUCAUAUAUUCUUUUGAAAGACUUUGGAUCGCGCACCAUGCUGCCAGGCACUAGUUCCGGCAGACCUGUUUCGGCCUCCUCUAACCAUUUUUUGAGCUACAGUAAAUUAUAUCUCGCUUGACCUUAAGCGCUGUUGUAUAGAGCAGUGUAGAUCGAACCACCAAAAGAUGAUGUCGGACGGAGCAUUGUUGCGCUCCCCUGAGUCGCCCGCCAUCUCUUCACCAUUAUACGAAUCUGGGACCCCUGAUGAGGGCUAUUCUUUGCACGAUCUUGACGGCGUCGAAUCUGCAAGGGAUGGCCCCAGCCGUGAGACACUCCUCGGUCCAGCUGAACCGGAAGACUAUGAUCAGGAGGAAGCACGCAUUCUUAUCGCACCUCAGGAUUCAUUGGAGCGCCCGACCGAUGGCAACGGGGUCGUUUGGACUUUCGAUAACCGCCGACAUAAGUCCAAGUCCACUUUACAAGCUGUUUUGAAAUGGAUCAAAGGACCCCACCCUCCUCGAGUCUACCACAUUCAUUCUUCUGAGGGGCUUCAGAAUGUGUGCGAUCGGCUUCUCGACAGGAUUUUGCCUGGUAGAUGGCUCAAGUUGCUGGCCCUGCUUGCUCUCAACGUUGUGUGGAUUGGGGUGUUCCUUGUGGCCCUUCCAAAGUCGGUGAUUUCGAGCACUGAUUCCGUCGAUGGCCAGCCCAUCCGGCUAGAUUGUACAUCUCGAUUAUGGCCCAACAGCACCGCCUGUGGACUGAACGGUCAGGAAUGCCGUCCUUUCGAGGACAACCACCUUGCGUUCGUUUGCCCAGCCGGUUGUAAAGACGUCAUGUUACUCGAGCCUCAUUUCAUCGGAUCUCAGCAAGUCAAUUAUCGAAGCCUCGUUGUCGGAGGGCCGCAACGUCUUGAAGACCCUGCUUCCGCCAUCUACCGCGGAGAUUCGUUCAUCUGCGCCGCGGCCAUCCAUGCAGGAGUCACGACCAAUUCGCGAGGAGGCUGUGGAGUCCUGUUGCGCACCGGAGAGCGGUCCAACUUCCCAAGUGUUGAUGCCCACGGUAUCCUCAGCAUUGGAUUCCCAUCCAACUUCCCACUUUCCUUCACUUUCAACUCGUCCAGCUUGUCGACUGCCGCGUGCAGAGAUUCUCGCUGGAUGUUCUUGGGCACGUCGACCCUGAUCACUUCCAUCUUGUCCGUCUUCGUCACCUCUGCGGCCGCUUUUUUCUGGUCGGUCUUUGUCGGCGUCUUCUUCCACGUCGCCCUUAUCUCGGAUCCCCCAUACUACCAAGACUACGCCGAUGUGGUCUCGAUGGCAUUCCGACGAUUUCUGCCCGCGGCAUUCGUGGGUCACGUCAUCUAUCAAUUCUGUGUCCGCCGAACCCUGUCCGAUCUCAAGGCGCCGAUCGAGAGGACUGUGCUCUGGCUUGGAGGAUGUUGGGUGGGCGCGCUGAACAAUGUCACCUUCGACCGCAUCCCGAUCUCGCGCCUCACGCCGCACGACCUGCAGCAACAGCCCGGCGCCAUCCUCGCUCUGUCGUUGCUCGUCGGCAUCAUCCUCGUCAUCGCGGUCGGGCAGGCGUGGUGCUUCAGGACCGAAGGUCGGGUGCCGCGGUACUUGGUCUUUUACGGCGUCGUGGGCGCGCUGCUGGUCGCUCUGGUGCUGAUCCCCGGCAUGAACCUGCGGAUCCACCACUACAUCCUCGCCCUGAUCCUGCUCCCCGGGACGUCUCUCCAAACGCGUCCGAGCCUGCUGUACCAAGGCAUCUUGGUCGGGCUAUUCCUCAACGGCGUCGCGCGGUGGGGGUUCGACAGCAUCCUCCAAACGCCGGGCCAGCUCCUCCAAGACGGCGCCCUCGGCAGCCUUGUGCCGGCUCUGUCUCGAGCACCGGUCAUCGUCGGGGCCAACAACAUCACCUUCACCUUCGACGGAGACCUCGCCGUGUCGCCGCCCUUCGACGGGAUCGGCGUGCUCGUCAACGACGUCCUGCGCUUCCAAGCCUUCAAGCCCGAGGAGAUGACGUUCCCGUGGACGAGGCGGGCAGUCGACGAGCCCGAGUUUUUCCGUUUCGCGUACGUGAAGAGGCUGGAGUUCGGGGGCGGGGAGUGGUACGGCGAUUUCACCCCCCCGGCGCUGUGGGAUGGCAACGGCACGUGGGUUGCUGGCGUUGAUUGAGAGGGCUGUGUAGAUGGAUAGGUAGGUGGACGGAUAGACAGAUAGAGCAGCUGGUAAUAGAAGACCGCCUCAC